GAAAUGUGGAAGGAAGAAGUAAAAGGCGAAGCAGGAAAAUGCAAGAUUUAUAGCCGAGAAUCUUAAAAUUCUCGGGAGAAAAUCUGAAAGAAAGAAAACCGAAAUGGCCAUCAACCAGUUAGAGAACUUGGUGGAGUCGAUAAAGUCGAAGGUGAGAGCAUUGAAGAAGUCGAAGAAACCAUACAUAAAGAUGGACAAAAGCUCCAGUGUGAAGGUAGAGAUCCGAAGCCGAAAGGCGAAGAAACUUAUCGACAAAACGCUCAAGGUUGCCGAUCGUCCAGGCAAACGUAGCAUCUCAUAACAGCUUUUGUUAUGUGUGGAUAAGAAAUACUAAUUCGAUUUUCUUUUUGUUAUAUAAGCCUACCGAUUCUGUUUGUUUGUCUUUCAAGGUUUAGUGCGAUGGAAUGGAAUCUGACCAAAAAAAAAUUACUUCUUUA